UGCCUUUUUUGGGUGGAAACUGGGCCUUAUUAUAUUUUUUAAGCGCCCAACCCGACAAACCAGCACAAGGUUUAUCCAACCCAACGGCUGGGCAUCAUUUUCGCCCAUGCCGCCUCCAUGUCCCAGGGGGUCCCCCCACAACCCGACAAGCGGAUCUACGUGGCAGCCUCCAGUUGGCUCAUCUCCACAUACGCGAUUAAAUUUCGCAGGAACUUCGGCUUCUUUCGCGUUUACCGAGUCCUCGCUUCCUCUCGAAAACCAGGUUCGCUCCCCCCCUUCGAUUCCGCCGUUGGAUCUCUGUUUCUCCGGCUGCUCACUGUUCCGCCGCCAAUCCGUUUGUCCUUGCUUAUAAUAAGCUUCUAUUCCGACACAAGCUUAAAAAUCCCACCUUUCAUCUGUCGGCAAACAGAGCGAUCGAGGUGAGAGUAGGAAAGCGCCGCUUUCUCUACUGCUUCAAAGUAUAAGCGACCAAUCAAUUGCAGGAAGAAGGGGAAAGUGUCAAAAUCUUAUCUUGGUUUAAGAUGGAGACGUCGAGUUCAUCGUAUUCAGAUCCUGACGUUAAACGUCCUUCCUCUGCCCAAGAUUCUGGCACAAAGUUGUAUAUUUUGAUUCAGAAGGUGAGUUAAGUUUCUACGUUUUCGUCCAUGGCGAUUGGUAGUUUUGCCCUUUUGGCAAAAGCAGAGCAAGGAAUGGGAAAGGAAGCGGAGACGAGGAAUCUGGUAUUGGGCAAGUACGAGAUGGGGCGAGUCCUGGGAAAGGGCACCUUUGCCAAGGUGUAUCUCGGCCGUGACCUUCGCACCGGGGAGAGCGUCGCCAUCAAGGUCAUCCACAAGGACCGAAUCCGCCGGGAAGCCGGAAUGGUCGAGCAGAUCGAGCGGGAGAUCUCGGUGAUGCGCAUCGUCCGCCAUCACCACGUGGUGGAGCUCCGCGAGGUGAUGGCCACCAGAUCUCGCAUCUUCUUCGUGAUGGAGUACGUCCGCGGCGGCGAGCUCUUCGCGCGCGUCGCCCGGGGGGCCCUGCCGGAGGACCAGGCUCGCCGCUACUUCCGCCAGCUCAUCUCCGCCGUCGACUUCUGCCACCGCCGCGGCGUCUCCCAUCGGGACCUCAAGCCGGAAAACCUCCUCCUCGACCACGACGGCAACCUCAAGGUGUCCGAUUUCGGCCUCUCCGCGCUUCCGGAGCAGCGGCGCAACGACGGGCUUCUCCACACGCAGUGCGGCACCCCGACCUACGUCGCGCCGGAGGUUAUCCGCCGCCGGGGCUACGACGGGGCCAAGGCCGACCUCUGGUCCUGCGGUGUCAUCCUCUACGUGCUCCUCGCCGGCUUCCUGCCUUUUCGCGAGGAGAACAUGAUGCGGAUGUACUGCAAAGUGCUGAAGGCGGAGUAUCAAACGCCGCCGUGGUUCUCCAGGGACGCCUGCCGCCUCAUCUCCCGCCUCCUCGUCGCCAAUCCGGAGAAUCGCAUCUCCAUCCCUGCCAUCAUGGACCACCCUUGGUUCAAAAAGGGAGCUUGCAGCCAAAAUCCUCCUCCCUUCCCGACCCCUCCACUGCCGCUUCCCCCGCCGGUGGAGGAGGACGAGCAAAAGGCCGUGAGCCCCAAGUUCUACAACGCCUUCGAACUCAUCUCCUCAUUGUCGUCGGGCUUCGACCUCUCAAGCUUGUUCAACAAUCGUCGCCCGGCAGGGACGGUGUUCACGUCGAGCUCUCCGGCAGCCGCCAUCGUGGAGCGGCUGGAGAGGGAGGGGCGGGGGCUGGGGUUCGACGUCAGAAGAGCGAAGCCGUACAAGGUCAAGAUGGAGAGGAAGGACGGCGAGGGGUGGAGGCAGCCGCUGGAAGUGACCGCGGAGGUCUUCGAGGCGGCGGCCAGGGUGGCGGUGGUGGAACUCUCCAAGGACUCAGGCGAAUCCUCCGAGUUCACCGAGCUCUGCGAGGUGGAGCUCCGCCCGGCGCUGAAGGACAUCGUGUGGGCGUGGCAGGGCACCACCAACGUCGCCGACGGCGGUGAAGAGUGACAUGAAUUCUACGUUGUACAUUAAUCACUGAUCUUCUAGUUUGAUUAACGAAGUUGUGACUUGUGAGGAACCAUUUGUGAACACUACGGACUAGAUUUUUUUCUAUCUUAAUGUCUUUCUUUUUUGGAUGACAAGAAGAUUGAGCUCCAUG